AUGGCUCGUCUUUUGAAGGCCGUUACUGUUUGUGCGUUGGCGGGCAUCGCUCAUGCCUUCAACUAUGACCAGCCUUACCGUGGUCAAUACCAUUUUUCACCCCAGAAGAACUGGAUGAAUGAUCCCAAUGGGCUUUUGUAUCAUAAUGGAACCUACCAUCUAUUCUUCCAGUACAAUCCUGGUGGUAUCGAGUGGGGCAACAUAUCAUGGGGGCAUGCUACCAGUGAGGACCUUACUCACUGGGAGGAGCAGCCCGUUGCCCUUCUGGCCCGAGGAUACGGCAGCGAUGUCACCGAGAUGUACUUCAGCGGAAGUGCUGUUGCCGAUGUCAAUAACACGAGUGGCUUCGGAAAGGACGGCAAGACACCUCUAGUUGCCAUGUAUACUUCCUAUUACCCCGUUGCACAGACAUUGCCGAGUGGCCAAACCGUCCAAGAGGACCAGCAAUCUCAAUCCAUCGCCUACAGUCUUGAUGACGGUCUAACAUGGACGACAUACGAUGCCGCCAACCCAGUCAUCCCCAACCCUCCCCAGCCCUACCAAGCUCAAUACCAGAACUUCCGAGACCCCUUUGUGUUCUGGCACGACGAGUCCCAGAAAUGGGUUGUCGUUACAAGUAUAGCCGAACUGCACAAGCUUGCAAUUUAUACAUCUGACAACCUCAAAGACUGGAAGCUAGUGAGCGAAUUCGGUCCUUACAAUGCGCAAGGCGGCGUAUGGGAGUGCCCCGGACUUUUCAAGCUACCCCUUGACGGGGGAAGCUCCACAAAAUGGGUUAUCACGAGCGGACUGAACCCCGGUGGUCCUCCAGGCACCGUCGGCUCUGGAACCCAGUACUUUGUGGGCGAGUUCGACGGAACCACAUUUACGCCUGACGCCGAUACGGUAUACCCGGGUAACUCAACCGCCAACUGGAUGGACUGGGGCCCGGACUUCUAUGCCGCGGCUGGCUACAACGGCCUCUCAAUUAAAGACCACGUCCAUAUCGGCUGGAUGAACAACUGGCAGUAUGGUGCGAACAUCCCCACCUACCCCUGGCGCAGCGCCAUGGCCAUUCCUCGCCACCUGGCUCUGAAGACCAUCAACAACAAAACAACGCUAGUCCAGCAGCCCCAGGAAGCGUGGUCUUCCAUCUCGAGCAAGCAUCCGCUCUAUUCGCGCACCUACAGUACCUUCUCUGAAGGUUCCACCAACGCAAGCACGACUGGAGAAACGUUCAGGGUAGAUCUGAGCUUCUCUGCUACGUCGAAGGCCUCAACAUUUGCAAUCGCCCUCCGAGCCUCCGCCAACUUCACCGAGCAGACCCUUGCUGGCUACGACUUCGCCAAGCAGCAAAUCUUCCUCGACCGGACCAAGUCAGGGGAUGUGUCAUUUGAUAACACCUUCGCGAGCGUCUAUCAUGGACCCUUGGUGCCGGAUAGCACUAGCAUGGUGAGGUUGAGUAUCUUCGUCGACAGGUCCAGCGUCGAGGUAUUCGGAGGCCAAGGUGAGACGUCUUUGACGGCUCAGAUCUUUCCUAGCAAUGAUGCGGUUCACGCCCGCCUGGUGUCUACUGGUGGAGCUACUGAGGACGUCCGCGUUGAUGUUCACAAUAUUACUUCGACGUGGAAUUAA